AUGGCGAAGGAGCGCAGCGUCAACCCGGUCCAGGCCCAGCGCAAAGCCGACAAGGCCAAGGCCAUCAAGAAAGGCAAGGCCGAGGUCGCGAACCGGCGCAACGAGCGCCUCGCGCAGCGCAACCCGCAGCGGCUGCAGAAGCAGAUCGACGACCUCAAGGCCGUCGCGAGCGGCGGCGGCGGCAAGCUCACGCGGCAUGAGGAGCAGAUGCUGGAGGGGCUGGAGAAGGAGCUCAAGGCCGUGGAGAAGGCGCGCGAGGCGCUGGGCGACAAGGCGCCGCAGUUCAGGCAAGGAUUUGGAGGUGGUGGCGGGGACCGCGGCGGCGUCCUGGGCAAGAGGAGGAGGGACGCGGAGGAUGCGUCGAGCAGCGACGAAGAAGGGGGGAAGGACGUACCCGAGGACGUGAGGCGCAUACCCAUGCCCAGGGACACGCCGCCGCCGAUACCCAAGGAGGUGAUGGACAAGUGGUGGGCCCGGAGGAGGGCGAGGAGGAACGACGCGAACGCGAACACAGAGCCGCUGGGAGGGGGCAGGGGCUUUGAGGAGGGGGGUGCCGACAAGGCAGGGGAGGAGCAGCAGCAGCAAGAAAAGGGCGGCAGGUGGCGGCGGCAGCAGCAGCAGACGCCCGCGGUGGUGGCGGAGGCCAAGACGGUGUACGAGGCCAGGCCGAUCGUACGAGACCUGAGGAAGGAGGCCACGAGCGCGUUCGUGCCGACGGCGGUGAGGAUGAAGAUCGACAAGAGCAAGGGGCAAGGGGGCCUGAUGGAGCCGGAGGAGGCGGACAGGUUGGAGAGGGAAGGGUACCUCAAGAAGCCUGCUGCUGCUGCCGACGCCGAUGCGGCGACCGAGUCUCGCGCCGAGGCUGGCCCUCGGCAGGUCACGAUGGAGGAGGUUGAGGACGAAGAGCAUUGA